GAAGCCAUGUCACCUGUAACUCGUCUUCUGUUCCUUGAACAGGUGCUGUUGAUCUGCGCAUCUUGCCAUGAGAACACAUACAACACGUGUAUCGCCGGACCGGUUCCUGACAUGGCCGUCCUCGACUGGGAAGUGCCUGUCAGCGACACCCUCGGCACCAGAUACUACGGAAGCAUCACGGGAACUUCGUCCUGUCCUAUAAAGGCAGCGGAUUCAGCAGCCUGCAUCAGUGGGCACGGUGGCACCGCAGAAGCCAUGUCACCUGUAACUCGUCUUCUGUUCCUUGAACAGGUGCUGUUGAUCUGCGCAUCUUGCCAUGAGAACACAUACAACACGUGUAUCGCCGGACCGGUUCCUGACAUGGCCGUCCUCGACUGGGAAGUGCCUGUCAGCGACACCCUCGGCACCAGAUACUACGAAAGCAUCACGGGAACUUCGUCCUGUCCUAUAAAGGCAGCGGAUUCAGCAGCCUGCAUCAGUGGGCACGGUGGCACCGCAGAAGCCAUGUCACCUGUAACUCGUCUUCUGUUCCUUGAACAGGUGCUGUUGAUCUGCGCAUCUUGCCAUGAGAACACAUACAACACGUGUAUCGCCGGACCGGUUCCUGACAUGGCCGUCCUCGACUGGGAAGUGCCUGUCAGCGACACCCUCGGCUCUAGAUACUACGGAAGCAUCACGGGAACUUCGUCCUGUCCUAUAAAGGCAGCGAAUUCAGCAGCCUGCAUCAGUGCUGUUGAUCUGCGCAUCUUGUCAUGA